AUGGGUUCCCAGAAGAAGAACCUCAAGGCGACCAAGAAGUUUGAAAAGAACAAGCUUAAGGGUGUUUUGGACAAGAGGAAGGAGACGGCAAAGAUCAAACAGCGCCACCAGGUCAAGGCCAAGAAGGCGACCAAGAAGACCAAGGAUUCCGAAUUCUUCAAGAAUGACGAGGCCGCUGCCAAGGCAAAGGCCAAUGGCCACAAGAAGGACACCAAGGUCAGCGCCAUGAGCGUUGACGACUUCUUCCAGGGCGGCUUCGAGGAAAUCAUCGACAAGAAGGACAAGAAUGCGACAAAGAAGCUCGGCAAGAGAAAGCGCGAUGGGCCCGCGAAGAAGUCAGAGGAGGAGGACUCUGAGGAGGAGGGUAGCGGCUCGGAAUUCUCAGUCGAGGAGGAGCCCAUUGGAAGCGACAGCGAAGACGGCGAGGGCGACGAGGAAGACGACGAGAACCUCGGCAUGACCAAGGAAGCCAUGGACAAGCUCGCCCAAAACGACCCCGAAUUCUACAAGUUCCUCAAGGACAACGACCCGGAAGCCCUCGAUUUUGACGAGAACGCGGACCUGGCUGAAGUGGACGAGCUCAGCGCCGGCAGCGAUCAGUCCGACGAUGACGAGGAGGAACAACCGAAGAAGAAGCGCAAGAAGGCUUCCAAGAAGGCCGAGGUCGAGGAGGUCGUCGCCGCGGACAAUGAGCUCACGCGCGAGAUGGUUGGCAAGUGGAAGAAGCUUCUCGCCGAAAAGCAGAGCUUGCGUGCUGCCCGUCAGGUUGUCCUGGCAUUCCGCUGCGCUGCGCAUCUCAACGAGGACGACGCCGACGACUCGACCCCCCAGAGAUACACCAUCUCCAGCCCUGAGGUCUUCCACGACAUCUUGAUCGUUGCCUUGAAGCAAAUACCCGAGAUCAUCUCGCACCACUUGCCCAUCAAGGAGUCUGCGUCUGGCAAGAUCUACGUGCCUACCGAUUCGAAAAAGUUCCACACUCUGUCUAUCAUGAUCAAGACCUUCACUGCGUCCAUCAUUCACCUUCUCGGCACACUGUCUGACGAUGCUACUCUCAAGCUCACUAUUGGCUCAUUAGAGCCCCUCGUUCCCUACCUCAUGUCCUUCCGCAAGCUUCUUAAGGCUCUCAUCAAGACUGUUGUCAACUACUGGGCCAGGCCAGCCAGCUCAGAAACGACAAAGAUCACUUCUUUCCUCGUUCUGCGGAAACUCGUCGUCAUCGGCGACAAGGGCCUUCGCGAGACCGUUCUCAAGACGGUGUACCAGGGACUCGUCUCGGGUUGCAGGACAACAAACGCCAACACCAUCCAGGGCAUUAACUUGUUGAAGAACUCCGCUGCCGAGCUUUGGGGCAUUGACCAAAACGUCGGUUACACGACGGCCUUCACCUUUAUCCGCCAACUCGCCAUUCAUCUCAGAAAUAGCAUCGUCAAGAAGGAGAAGGACGCCCACAAGAUCAUCUACAACUGGCAAUACACCCACUCGCUCGACUUCUGGUCAUGCGUGCUUGCCGAGCACUGCAGCCCCCUGAAGGAGGCGGAGACUGGCAAGGAGGGCCAGCUCAAGCUCCUCAUCUACCCCCUUGUGCAAGUGACUCUGGGAGCGAUGCGCCUUAUUCCCUCGCCGACUUUCUUCCCCCUGCGGUUCCACCUCAUCCGCUCCAUCCUUCGUCUUUCCCGCGCGACCAACACCUACAUUCCCCUCGCUUCAGCUUUGAUUGAGGUUCUCGAGUCCGCCGAUAUGAGACGGUUCCCCAAGGCCUCAUCCAUCAAGCCCCUCGACUUCCACGUUGCCUAUAAGGCACCCAAGUCGUACCUCCGCACCCGCGUCUACCAGGACGGCGUCGCCGAGCAGGUUGUUGAGCUCUUCAGCGAAUACUUCACCAUCUGGUGCAAGAACAUUGCCUUCCCUGAGUUCACCCUUCCUGUCCUCAUUCAGCUGAAGCGCUGGCUCAAGGGAGCGCGCAAGAUCAAGACGGGCAACAAGAACAACAAGGUUAUCUCGCAGAUUGUGCUGUUGGUGCAGAAGCUCGAGACGAACGCUAAGUUCAUCGAGGAGAAGCGUGCCAAGGUCGAGUUCGCGCCCAAGGAUCGCGCGCAGGUGGACGCCUUCCUGCGCGACUUUGAGUGGGAGAAGACGCCCCUCGGCGCAUACGUUGUCGUGCAGCGCAAGAUUAGGGAGCAGAAGGCCAAGGCGCUCGAGGACGCGAGGAAAGAGGACGAGAAGAAGCGUAAGCAGGAGGAGAAGGAUGCGGUUGCGGAGAACGCCGCAGACGACGACUCUGAAGAGGAGUACGCCGACGAGCUGAUGGACGACGAGGCCGAGGACGAUGAUGAGGUUGACGAGGAUGAGGAGGAGGAGGACGAAGAUGACGAUAUGGAAGACGAUGAGUAG